CACGUAUUUCAUUAUAAAAAGACACCCGUGUACACUAGCGUCAAUCGUUUGAAAACAGUCUACGCCACCGCGCCGUUCCGGCCGCACGUACCACGCGUACUUCUAUCUCGUAACCCGGUAGUGCAUUAUACUUUGGGACCAAAGCCAAUAUCAAGCUAUAUUUGGAUCACACAAUGGCAACAGGCUGGUUAGCAUGGGAAUGCGUAGUAUUCGGCGUGUUCGUCAGCGCGACGUCCUGCGCGCCGCUGUGGCGCGCGCGCGGCGCCCGCGCCGGCGGCAGCGCGAAGCGCGCGUACAUAUUCGCGGGCGGCGGGGUCAGUACACUAGCUAUGGUAUUAUCUGUAGCUAGAGGAACGCUUGGAGUUAGAAGCUUUUUGGGUUUUCCAUCGGAGCUGGUGUACCGAGGGUCUGCGAUGUGGGAGACCCUGUACGGGAUGAUCCUGGCCUUCCCCCUGGUCUGCUGGGUCUUCGUACCAGUCUAUUAUCGACUCCAGACCAACUCCGUCUACGAGUACUUACAGAUGAGAUUCCACUGCGCCUGGGUCCGCCGAGUUGCCGCCGCCACGUUCCUGGUCCGCCAACUUUUGAACCUGGCUGUGACCGUAUUUACUCCAACGGUCGCCCUUCAUGCCGUACUAGCACUGCCUCAUUGGGCUUCUGCUGCUGCACUCACGGCGGUUGGGAUCGUGUUUAAUUUGCUUGGAGGACUCUCUGCUGCUAUCAAGGCCGAUGUAAUCCAAACCAUGACAAUGAUAAUAGUGAGCGGCGCCUUUAUAAUCCAAGCGACCAUCCGCGCCGGCGGCCCGCAGAAGGUUUUAGAAGAUAAUAUAGAUGGAGGAAGACUGCAGUUUUUCAAGUUCCACUGGGACCCAACAAUCCGCGUGGACACUCUCUCGGCCAUCGUCGGCCAACUUUUCAUGUCGCUGUCCAUCUACGGUUGCCAACAGACCUUCGUCCAGCGCUACUGCUCCAUGAACAGCGAGGCCCGAGUGCGGAGGACUCUGCUAGCUAAUGUGCCGGCUGUAGGGGUUCUGUUUAGCUUGUCUUGGGUUGUCGGUAUGGCACUUUACGCUGUCUACAAAUAUUGCGAUCCUCUAAUGUCUGGCAAAAUCGUGGCUCCAGAUGAGGUCUUGCCAUUCUACGUGCAGGAUCAGUUUGGAUUCCUGCCUGGCAUGCUGGGGCUGUUCCUGGGAAGCUUGUUCAAUGGGGCUUUGAGCUUCCUGGUAUCCAAUGUGAACUCUCUUGCUACGGUGACGUGGGAAGAUUUUGUGUCUGCUGCACCAGCAUUCCAAGGUAUCUCUGAUAAGCAGCAGCUUACUGUGAUCAAGAUCAUUGGAGUCAUCUAUGCCAUCAUAAUAAUGUGCCUAUCUCUCUGCGUGGGUAUGGUCGGAGGCGUCAUCGAAGGCUCCAUGCUCGUCACCUCCGCUACCUCAGGAGCCCUACUUGGGGUCUUUGUAUUGGCCACCCUCUGCCCUAUCGCCAAUGGGAAAGGGGCCUUAUGGGGCAUGAUUGCAGCACAUUUUAUAACGACAUGGAUGGCUGCUGGAAGAUUGUUGUAUGUGGAUACCAGCGUGGCUAUGCUGCCAUUGUCUGUUGAUGAAUGUCCCAACGGAACGCUAAACGUGUUCCACAAGCCCCUGCCAGUCGGAGUCAACCAAACUCUAAUGCAACUGGAACACUUACUACAGAAUAUGAACACAAGUCGUGUUUACGUCCCCCAGGAGUCUGUGAUCACCACGGCCCUCCACCGCAUGUACUCCGUCUCCUACAUGUGGUAUGCGGUCAUCGGCACCUUUACCUGUGUCAUCAUCGGGUGCAUCAUCGGAGCCUUUACCAGCACUGAUGCGGAUGUCUUCGAUGAACGUCUGUUGCAUCCGCUGGUUGCUACGAUUUAUAAUAAAAUGCCAGGAAAAAAACGCACCUACAGCAACGAGAAAGCCAAAACUCCAGAAAAGGACUCCAGUGAGAAAACUGACGUAACAUUAGCUGAAGAUUUAAAAGAAAUAAGCCCUACCAAAAUACCUAGCCCUGCUGUAAAACCUCGAGAAAAAGCCAGCCAGCAACAACCAGGUCCAAUUUUUACAACGAGUUCUAGUAAAGAAGAAAGAAAGAUGGAAGCUGUGCCAACUGUAGAUAUUAAAAAUGCGUUUUUAAGUCCCGCUAAGAUUGCUAUAACAGCUUUAAAAACACACCCAAAAGAAGAGCCAAGUACAGCUGCUUUUGCAACGUCGAGUAGCAGACAUUUUGAUGCUUAUGAUACAAAUAUAAAAGGAUCACCUCUGCCGGUUAGGACACGGUUGUGAUGAGGUUUAUAUUAAGAUGUGUGAUAGAAUAUUAUUGUUAUAUAACACAGGGAAUAUUACUGAGGAGAGAGAAGGCAAUGUCAAUGAUAGAAAUUUUUAAACGUCUAAUUGGAAGACAGAAGGUUUUAAGGACUAAUGAAACAGCUAGAUUUCACUUGGUUUCUCAAUACUCGUGUCCAUUAACGCAAACCUAAGUAAGUAAUUGAACUUUGAAAUACUUUCUAAGACUGGUCCUUUAAAUUUCAUGGAAUGGACUUGCCUUCAACGUAAAGCAUUUUUAGUUAUGAACCUCACGCAAGGCGCAGAUAUUAUUAUAGUCCGUUAUACAAGGGAGCUUGCUGUGAAUCUGUAAAUUCUAUAGAAUUCUAUGGAAUUUACAGAUUCACCCCAAGCAAGAUUGAGUACCUUCCAUAGAAUGUACUCAAUUGACGUACAGAUCAGAAAUACGUAGCUAAGUAGGUGAAGUUUUCAAAAUUAUCUACACACGCUCAUAUUAUUUUUAAGCUCCCGCCAAAAGUGGAUUUUUUGUUGAAACAGAAGGUUCAGUUUUGACUCAGUUUCGGGCGAAACGGAAACUUAUAAAGAUGUGUUAAAUCCGUUGUGAAAAAAAAGUCAAAUAAAACAACUGUAAUUUUGUGCUAGUGGUAUGAAACUGGCCAAGUGCGUGUCGCUUCACGCCUAUUCUAAUUAAGAAAGACUACCUAAAUACCAUUGUAAAAGAACUAGCCAAACGCGAUCAGAAAGUGCAAAGUUGUAAGGUUCAGUUAAUUUGGUACUUUGGUCGAAACAUGAAUUUUAUGCUGGGACCUUCUACUUAUAGGCCAGGCAAUGAAUGCUCAAAAAAAGCUGUAAAGGGAAAUUGGAACACAAUUAUUAACUUCGUAACUUAGUUUGGACUAGUUAGGAGGUGAACGGAAGAUAUCAAAAGUCACCAAAGAUGAAGAUACCAAAC